GAUACACGCACAAUUUACUGAAGGGGUGGUGUUGUUCAAGUUCGGCUGCGACGAAUAUCCCUUCCCCUUUAGCAAGUGACUUGUAACGACCCCACAUCCUUAUUUUUAUGCCAGAUACGUCGCAUAGAGGCUCAACUUCAGAACUGUCGUCGGCGGAUCAAUACCCUUCAGUCUCUCCCCGACAUUCACAUGAAUCCCAGGAUUCUCUACGAGGGUUAGAGCUGUCAGAAGGACCUUUGACCGCAAGGGCGGGGCGAGGGCGUUCUUUUUCAUUCUCUGGAUUCGAUUUCCAACGCGACCUCCUACCUUUAAGUACUAGUCUGAGUGAACCAGACCAUAUACACAGCGAUGGUCCAGAAAAAACCAUAACCCUAGUGCACGGAAUUGGACUUGUCGUUGGACUACAGAUUGGUUCUGGCAUUUUCUCAUCGCCGGGUGUUGUGGUAGCUAAUACGAAUAGCGUGGGGGCAAGUUUGGCUGUAUGGCUGGCUUCAGGUUUGUUAGCUUGGACUGGUGCUAGUAGUUUCGCUGAAUUAGGGUCGAGUAUACCGCUCAACGGUGGAGCACAGGCAUAUCUUGCAUAUUCGUAUGGUCCUCUUGUGUCAUACUUGUUUGCUUGGACCGCAAUAGCCGCUUUGAAGCCGGGAGGAAAUGCAGUUAUCAGUCUUAUUUUUGCAGAAUACCUAAACCGACUUUUUUGGCACGCUACUCGUGAUCAUGUGGCACCGGGUGAUAUCCCUCAAUGGUCCAUCAAACUCACUGCAGUCAUCGCAGUUCUCUUCGUUACCGCGCUAUGUUCUGGAACUCGCAAACUGGGCACACGUGCUGCCGUAGUGUUUACUACUGUCAAAAUAGUUGCAUUGAUUUCUAUUGUUAUAUUGGGCAUUAUACGCGCAGCUCGAGGACACGCUUCUACAUCUUUGACCGAACCUUUGUUUCACGACUCGAGCAAAAGUCCCUCGGCAUAUUCCCUUGCGUUAUAUUCUGGACUAUGGGCAUUUGAUGGCUGGGACCAGGCUAAUUAUGUGGGAGGCGAGGUAAAGAGUCCCGAAAAAAAUAUCCCGAGGGCUAUUCACUUCAGCAUGAUGAUUGUGACGGCGCUUUUUCUCCUGGUGAAUGUAUCUUAUUUCGUUGUUUUAGACAAGGCGACUGUCGGGUCGAGUAAUACUGUUGCGCUCGAUUUUGGCCGAGCCCUUUUCGGUCCCGUUGGGGGAACCGUUUUUGCAGUUAUGGUUGCAUUUUCAUGUUUUGGAGCACUCAAUGGGUCUCUUUUCACAUCCGCACGACUGAUCUACGUCGCUGGUAGGGAGAGGUAUCUUCCAGCGACGUUCGGACGUCUUCACAAGUCUCGUCAGACCCCCGUGAAUGCGAUUCUUUUGCAGUCCUUCCUAACGAUUGCAUUCAUCGUGAUCGGCGGUGGUUUCCGAUCACUCAUAAAUUUUUCUGUUGUAGCAUCCUGGUCGUUUUAUUUCCUCACUGUACUUGGCCUUGUUAUCUUGCGAGUGAAAGAGCCCAUGUUAGAAAGGCCUUAUAAAACAUGGAUCAUUACGCCAUUGUUGUUUUGUUCAGUUGCAAUUUUCCUGCUGUGCAUGCCAAUCUUUGCGGCACCUUUAGAGGCUAUAGCCGUACUGGGUUUUGUGCUUGCUGGCAUUCCGGUUUAUUAUAUAACGACUCGUAAUAACGAAGUGAAGCUUCCCCGUUUUCUUGGUUUCCUCGGCCCAUGCAUUGCUUGGAUGCGGGGUGAACGUGCCGUGGGAGGAGGGUGGGAAGCUGUUGCGACAGAGGGCGACGAAGUAGAGAUGUAUGAAGGUCGGACAGCACGUAGUUGAGGCAACCUGAUGACAGGUGUAUAGUCUAUCUGGCGGUGCAGCUUAUUAAUUAUUGGAACGUACAGGACCAAAUAUGAAUAACGAUUCUCUAUUUUAGUAC